AUGGAAAUAUAUGCAAAAUCCUAUGAUGUCAAAGUUUGGCGAGUUAUCAAAAAGGAAAACUAUCCACUACCAACAACUGCUCAACCACCUGCUGAUCCAGAAGAUAUAGAUGAGUACACAGACGAGCAAAUGGCAGUUAUUCAAGUCAAUGCUAAAGUAAAAAACUUACUCUAUAAUGCUAUAAGUAGAGAGGAAUAUGUGAAAAUUUCUAAUUAUGAUAUAACCAAAGAAAUGUGGGAUAAACUGGAAGUUACUUAUGGAGGAACCAGCAAAGUAAAAGAAACUCACAUCAACAUGUUAGUUCAUGACUACGAACUUUUCCAGAUAAAAGACGGAGAAUCCAUUGAAGAAAUGUUUGUGAGGUUCAGCAAAAUCAUUAGCGAUCUAAAAGCUUUUGGUAAACCAUACUCAAGUGGUGAUCAAGUUCGGAAAAUUCUGAGGAGUCUACCUACCACUUGGCAGACAAAAGUAGUUGCAUUCCAAUCACAAGAUCUAAAUAAACUUUCUUAUGAUGAGCUUCGAGGAGAUCUUAUAGCAUUCGAGAAAACUCACAUCAAGAAAACAAGCUAG